GCAAUCCAGUGCUCGUGUUUCAUACCGUUCUGGUCGGGUAUAGUUCCCCCGAAAUUCCACGGCAUCGCAUACAUGGACGGGGGCUUCAGCGACAACCUGCCCAUCAUCGACAAGAACACCAUAACUGUGUCGCCAUUCAGUGGCGAGUCGGACAUCUGCCCACAGGACGACACCUAUAAUCUAUUUCAAGUGAAUUUAGUGAACACAUCCAUUAUGCUGUCCGUCGGCAAUCUCUACCGAUUGACACGAAUCCUAUUCCCCGCCCACCCGGAGGUGUUGAGCAAAAUGUGUCAGCAAGGCUUCGACGACGCCCUCAGGUUUCUCCAGAGAAAUAACAAGAUCGCGUGCACCCGAUGUCUGGCCAUUCAGUCGUCCUUCACGUUGGGUGAGGACGACGACAUGGAAGCGGAU